AUGGCGAGCAACGGGUUUCUUGGUGGUCACGAGAAGAAGCACAAGGUCACCAUUGUGGGAUCCGGCAAUUGGGGGUCCACGAUUGCCAAGAUCGUCGCUGAGAACACAAAGCAACACAAUGACAUCUUUGAGGAGCAGGUUCAGAUGUGGGUGUUUGAGGAAGACGUUGUUGUACCCAGCGACUCGAAGCACUACGACUCAUCCAUUGGCGACAAGCCCCAAAAACUGACAUCCAUUAUCAACAACAAUCACGAAAAUGUCAAGUACCUGCCCGGCAUUACCCUCCCCUCCAACAUCAUCGCCAACCCAUCACUCGUCGACGCCGUCAAAGACUCAUCCAUUCUCAUUUUCAAUCUGCCACAUCAGUUUAUCGCCAAGGUCUGCGACCAGCUGCGAGGUCACAUUUUGCCAUUUGCACGUGGUAUCAGCUGCAUCAAGGGCGUCAACGUCACAGACGAUGGCGUUAGCUUGUUCAGUGAGUGGAUUGGUGACGGCUUGAAUAUUUAUGUUGGUGCUUUGAGUGGGGCCAACAUCGCCAGCGAGAUUGCCGCCGAGAAGUGGUCAGAGACCACCAUCGCAUACGACCCUCCGCCGAUGGACAAUAGCAGAAAUCCGUCGCCGCGUUCAGGCAGCCCCAACCCUGGUAUUACUAUUACCGACCUCCAGGAUGUGUCUCACAGAGAUUGCCGAGGGCGAAACUCCAAGACCAAGCUUACCGGAGUGCCUGCUGAGUACCCACCGCUAGAUCAUGACUGCUUCCGCACUCUAUUCCAUCGGCCGUAUUUCCAUGUUCAGAUGGUGUCCGAUGUUGCGGGUGUCUCACUUGGUGGCGCCUUGAAGAACAUUGUUGCUCUUGCUGCAGGUUUCGUUGACGGCCGUGGUUGGGGCGAUAACGCCAAAGCUGCCAUUAUGCGUAUCGGUCUAAUGGAGAUGGUGAGAUUUGGAAAGGAAUUCUUUGGCGAAACCGUUCAGAGUCAAACCUUUACCGAAACCUCAGCCGGUGUUGCCGAUUUGAUUACGUCUUCUUCCGGUGGACGAAACUUCCGUUGCGCCAAAAAGGCCGUUGAGAAGGGCAUCACAGUUGAUGAGGUUGAGCAACAGGACUUGAACGGCCAAAAGCUGCAAGGAACGACUACAGCAUAUGAGGUCAACAGCUUCUUGAAAGCUCGUGGCUUGGAGAAGGAAUACCCCCUGUUCACGGCCGUCAACGACAUCUUGCUCAACAAGAAGCAAGUUGACGAUAUCCCCAACUUGGUGGCACAGGUCACAGAUGGUGCGUGA